UUUAGUUUUGAAUCCAUAGUUCCGCCUUAGUGGCACAUUUACUGUGUCCGCCGGGGCUCUGGAUGCAAGCCAGACCUAAUCCGGGAGGAGGUGAUCAGCACCACCCCCCAUUGCGCCGUAGAAGCACUCCGCAUUCUUCCAACCCACAAGUCUCCAUGGAUAAUUCGCGUUAUUCUGGUAAGAACAAUCAAGGCUCUAAAUCGCCAAUUAGCCCCUUACACAAAAAACCUAAAUCUGACGGUAAAUCAAAAUCCGAUGAUCCCCAAUCUCAAACUUUCAGCAUGGAUUGUAGCUCACCAGAAGUCAUCGUUGUGACGUCACCCGGUUCGCCAACUUCAAACAUAAACUCGCUCUAUGUCGAUUCUCCUAAUACUUCAACAGUCAGGCAACCCAAUGUUCCUGAAUGUUUUCCACUACACUACACUGGUCCCCUCAAUGUACUUGUUUCUGCAUCUGGUGAUAAUAACUUAGGUAAUUUUCACCCAGUUAAGCUCGGUAAAACUUUUUCCAAACUUUUUCCUGGUAUUCUGAGCAUAAACCCUAUCGGCGCUAAGCGUGUGAAAAUCACGUUCGAGUCGGUUAAUAACGCCAACAAUUGUCUCACUUCCCCUUCUCUUUCUGAACACGGCUAUUCUGCGAAUAUUCCUAGUACUUUACUAUAUAGUAUUGGAAUAAUACGUCUUGAUAAAAGUAUCUCUGAAGAAGACUUUUGGGAAGGUUAUGAAUGUUCAGUCAAAGUUAUUUCAUUCAGACGCAUUAAUAUAAAAAAGGAUAACAUCCUCGUUUCUUCAAAUUUAGUUGAACUUAAAUUUUUGUCAGCAACUCUUCCUCAAAAAUUAUCAAUAUACAAAGUUAUUUUUGAAGUCUCUCCGAGUAUUCGUUCUCCUGUCCAAUGUCGCAAGUGUUUACGUUUUGGUCACACCCUUAAAUUCUGUCGCAGUAAGGAGCGCUGCAGUCACUGCGGUAUCUUUGACCACACCGAAUCUAAUUGUAACGUCAAGUUAACCACACCUCCUUCGUGCAUUUUUUGUAAACUGAACCACCUUGCGACUGAUAGAUCUUGCAGCGAAUGGUCUGUGCAAAAGGACAUUAAAAAGAUAAUGGCCACAAACAAUGUCUCAUUUUCUGAAGCCUCCUCGAUCAAACGUUCCAGUUUAGUUAAUAAAGCUUUUACCUUUUCUGAUGUUGCUAAAAAUACAAAUAUAUCUAGUGUCGAAGUCGUAGCUUCUCCUUCCUUUCCUUCCCUUAGUCAUUCUACUAAUACAUAUACAAAUAAACAAAAGAAGAAAAAAAGUAAUAAAACUCAAUUCCCCUCCCCCCACUUUCCUCCUCUACCAAAUGACUGUUCUAGGCCAAUUUCGCCUAAUGGCAGUUUUUUAAAAUACAUAUCCCAAAAUCGUAGUACUAAUGUUGAUGACCGUAACUGGAUUUCCUGCUUAUCGCAACAUAUCGUUCAGCUACUCGCGAGCGAUCCUAAUUUAAUUUCUUCUCCUUCAAUACUUCAAUCAACUAUAGAAUCUUCAUUAACUAACAUCCACUAUCCUUUAUCAGACAAUGAUGACACAUUUUAAUAGUAAUCCUAACUUUCCU